UGGGCACACAGCUGGUUACUUUAGAAGUAUGGAACAUGUGGUCCAGGCCAAAGUUCCCAUAUUCUUGACAAAGGAUGACGUUACAGGGUACAAAUGCCCCGAUUCGGAAACAAUAGAAAAAAGAACUAUGUACUCAAAAGUGGUGACUAAAGCUGGUCGAGUCUUACGGGUUCUGGGCGUCUACGAAGACUUUAGCUACAAAAAUUUCUCUGAUCUUACUGUAGAUCGAAAUUCAUCGGACAAGAACAGUAGAAGAUUUGUUAAGUGUCUAAAUCAGGAAGGAGAAAUUGUGUUCUUACCUCUCAAUACUUCUGGCGUUUUCUACACAAUCGCUUGUCGAAAAUCAAACUCCAUCGGCCACGUAUUUUUGCUAUCAAACCUACUGAAAGUUUGGAAGUUACCACUGCUUGUAAGACUAGUGAGCGGUCAGAGACCACAGUUGACAGAUAAAUCUACAGCCCUCUAUCGGUUAGAAGAGGUUCAGCAGCGAGAUGUUAUUCUCGCUUGUUCGAUUACUAAUGAAGACAUUUUUCUGUUUGAAAUAGACUUGGACUCGUCAUUUAUGUUCGUUCGAUCUCUGGACGAUCUCGAUUACCAGAAAACGGACACCUAUCGGCGAAUGUUGAUGUUUUGCGCGGUGGAAGCCGACAGAUGGCGAAAACAAAUAAAAAUUGAACAUUCUGUUGUUCCCCAAGUGCAAGAUACUAAAAGACCCUUCCUCUCGUCUUGUCGCAAGAAAAUAAAAGAGAAAAAACACGAGGAGAUGGACUUGGAUACCGGAUCAAACAGCCUGUUUUGGAAUUUUGAAACUUUAGAUUCUAAAAAAAUAUCUGAUUCAGUAAAAUCUACAAGUUCUGUCACUUCUAAAAAAUCGUCUGCUUCUUCCCGCCUUACCAAUCGUUUUAGCCGAUUCUGGAAUAGCUGGAAAACUAAGAAACUACACGAAGUUAAAGAAGAAGACAUUGACUCGAAUUUUGAUAUUGCUUCUGCGGCAGAUUCUAACGAAGGCGUUAGUACGAUGUCUUAUUCCGCAAUUGAUGUCAAUCUUUACGAAUCUCUGAAGGGGAAUGUCAGAAGAGAAACUUUUCAUCUGGUGAAGUAUUUCUGUGAUACUGGUGAUGAUGGAUACGACACUUCCCAACUGAAUGAAGAGUCGUAUUACGAUUCGGUUUCUUAAAGUUCUUCUAUACUUUCAAGAAAUUAGACAAGAACGUCUUCUGAAACUGGACUCACCACCUAACCUGACGACUUCUUACAACAACACUUACGUCAAUUAGGAAACAUUAAUCCUUCGUAGACACAGGGAAAGCUUAAGACCACGGAAUUUCUUGAUCGACUAACAAAAGACUACACAGGUCUGUGAAUAUAAAUUUCAUAAAAGUUGUUUUGGAUUUAAUAACGGA